AUGAAUGACAUCGAGACUGAAGGACCACUGGUCCGUAACUUUGAGGACCUGUCGCGCAGCGAUGGUCCCCUCGUUGGCGGCAAGAAUUCUUCUCUGGGCGAGAUGAUCACGGCUCUAAGCACCGAGGGCAUCGCGGUGCCUCCCGGAUUUGCCACAACGUCCAUCGCAUACUGGCACUUUGUGGACGCCAACUGCAUCCGGGGAAAGAUAGAUGCCCUCAUGGCCCAGUGGCAGGAUGGUUCCAUCACCCUGGCCGAGGCGGGCCACGCCAUACGCAGUCUGUUCCUCCGUCACAGCGGCUGGCCAGCAGACACUUCCCACGCCAUCAAAGCCAGCUAUCGCGAACUGUGUGCAAAGUUCGGUGUCAAGAGCCUCAGCGUUGCUGUGCGAUCCAGCGCCACGGCCGAGGACCUCCCAGACGCAAGCUUUGCCGGCCAGCAGGAAACAUUUCUCGAUGUCUCUGGCGAGCGAGCCCUCCUAGAUGCCUGCCGACGCUGCUACGCGUCUCUCUUCACCGAUCGGGCCAUUAGCUACCGCCAGGCCAAGGGGUUCGACCACACGACCAAUGCCCUCUCGGUCGGCGUCCAAGCCAUGGUGCGCUCCGACCUGGGUGGCUCGGGUGUCAUGUUCUCCAUUGACACCGAGAGUGGCUUCGACAAGGUGGUGCUCAUCAACGCCGCCUGGGGCCUCGGGGAGAAUGUGGUCCAGGGCACCGUCAACCCAGACGAGUAUCAGGUCUUCAAGCCACUGCUCUCCCACGCCGGCUUAUCUCCGAUCCUAUCCAAGAGGUGCGGCGAUAAGGAGGUCAAGAUGAUCUACGGCGACGGCCAUCGCGGCACACGCAACGUGCCCACCUCUAAGGCGGAGAGGGCCGCCUACGUCCUCAGCGAUGGCGAGAUCCUCCAGCUGGCACGCUGGGGAUGCACCAUCGAGAAGCACUACGGAUGUCCCAUGGACAUGGAGUGGGCUAAGGACGGUAUCACGGGCCAGCUGUUCAUUGUCCAGGCCCGGCCCGAGACGGUGCACUCGCGACGUGAUGCUGCCGUCUUCAAAACCUACUCGGUUAGCAACAAGGGCCGAGUCCUUGUCUCGGGCCUCGCCAUCGGCGACAAAGCCAUCUCUGGGCGACUGUGCCUGUUACAGUCGGCCAAGGAUAUCGACCAGUUCGUCGACGACUCCAUCCUGGUGACCGAGGCCACGGAUCCGGACUGGGUGCCCAUCAUGAAGCGUGCCGCUGCCAUCAUCACCGACCACGGCGGCCGCACCUCGCACGCCGCCAUUGUCAGCCGCGAGUUGGGCGUCCCGGCCAUAGUUGGCACCGGAAAUGCCACUUACGUGCUGCACACGGGUCAGGACGUGACGGCCUCGUGCGCCGAGGGAGACACAGGCUUCGUGUACGAGGGCAUCUCGAACAUUGUCACGCAGACGGUCGACCUGGCCGGCCUGCCCGAGGUGCGCACCAAGAUCAUGCUCAACCUCGCCAACCCGGGCGCUGCGUACCGCUGGUGGCGUCUCCCAACCGACGGCAUCGGCCUCGCUCGUAUGGAGUUUGUCGUGAGCAAUGCCAUCCAGGUGCAUCCCAUGGCUCUGGUCCACUUCGACCAGCUCAGAGACGAGCAGGCUCAGCAAGAGAUCCUUCGACUCACAUCCGGCUAUGAUACCAAGCCCGAUUACUUUGUCGACAAGUUAUCGCGUGGUCUCGCAGCUCUCUGCGCCACCGUCUACCCCAAGCCCGCCAUCAUACGCAUGAGCGACUUCAAGACCAACGAGUAUGCCGGGCUCAUCGGCGGCGCCCAGUUCGAGCUGAAGGAGGACAACCCCAUGAUAGGCUUCCGCGGCGCCUCGCGCUACUACUCGCCGCUAUACAAGGAAGGCUUCGCACUGGAGUGCCGCGCCAUCAAGAGAGUCCGCGAGGAGAUGGGUCUGACCAAUGCCAUCGUUAUGAUUCCCUUCUGUCGGACUGUCGCCGAGGCCAAGAAGGUCCUGCAAGUCAUGGCAGAGAAUGGGCUGCGGCGAGGGGAGAACGGCUUGCAGGUCUAUGUCAUGUGUGAGAUACCCUCCAACGUCAUCCUGGCCUCGAGCUUCACCGAGCACUUUGACGGCUUCUCCAUCGGCUCCAACGACCUGACACAGUUGACGCUCGGCGUCGACCGCGACUCUAGCGAACUGGCCGACUUAUUUGAUGAACAGGACGAGGCCGUCAAGUGGAUGAUUGCCCGCGUCAUCUCGGUCGCCCGUGAGAAGGGCUGCAAGAUUGGCCUCUGCGGCCAGGCGCCGAGCGAUCAUCCCGAGUUUGCAAAGUUCCUGGUUGACGCGGGCAUUGAUUCCAUCUCAGUAAGUCCUGACAGCUUCGUCGCUGUCAAGAGACACGCGGUGGCGGCCGAGAGGCCCGAGUGA